CUUUUCUGUGAUUGGCUGUGGAAGACUGUGACAGUCAAAUGUUUAUUACUGUAUGGUGCUGAAGUGCAAAAACAUGGAGUAGGAGAGGUAAAAUGGUAUUUAAAACCAGAUUUACUAAUUAUAUCCGGUGUUAGUAAAUAGAAUUAUAGAUGAACUCCAUUUAUUCAUUUUUAUUGUAUGAUAAAUGUAAAAAAAGUGAUAGUUUUGAGAGAGGAUUGCAUGGAAAUACGAGUAUGUGACUACGUGCAUCUUGUACAGUAGGUAUGAGAAAGAGGAGCUAGCGGUGAGUGACUUGAACCGAAUUUUAAGACAUUUUUCUUUAUAUAAGUAGUUUAGUUGUCGGUAUAUUUUUUAGUUGAGUGUAAUCUUGAAGGUAAGGACUUCAUGCCGUGGUUAACAAUUCCACAUUUGGGAAUAGUUUUAGUUACCAAAUUACCCUAAGAAAAUGCAUCAAAAUGUAGUUUACCGAUGAUCUUCAUUUGUUUUAAUGAAGUUUUUGCAUUGCCUAAUGCUUGCUGCGUAAUGGGAUUGCCCUUUGUUAUUGAUAUACCGUAGUAAAAAAAUGCGUAAUAGAUGUCGCUGUUUUGAAAUAAUAUUUGGAACUCAAGUUUCUUAAAUUAAAUCGUUUGUAUACCUAAUAAUCCACAACAUUCAUUGGUUGUCGACUUGUUAAUAUAGUGGAAAACAUAAGGAACGGGUGGUUGUCAAAGUGACCCUCAUUAGCCAAGUGGUGUACUGCAUGAUUUUUAAAUGUCAGUUUGUCUGUUCUUGAAUGAAAUUUGAUACAUUUUUUUACAAGCUAUAUAUUUGUGUAAAUGUUAAUUCAUUACUUUUUGUUUAUUUUUUUUCACAGGUGCAGAUAUGGUCUGAAACUUGAAAUGGCUAGUCGUGAAAAGAAACAAAUAGCAAGUAAACAGGUCACAAGUAAGAAAGAAUGUCCACCAAUUGACAAGUCUACAAUUGAAAGCAUUGGAGGAAAAACUGUCUCUUCUGAGAAGAAAGUAUCUCUGAAGAAAUUGAGUAAUCAGAAGCAGCUCUCUGUCAAAAGGAAUUCAAGAUCUGCUAAAUCAAAUCACGCAGAUGCUGCAAAUUCUAAUAAAACUAAUAGUAAAAAUUCAAGCCUAAAGGAAAAAAAUUUGCAUCUUUCAACUGUUUCAAAAUGUAAAUCUGUUCCCAAAAAACAAACUGAAUGUGUAAAAAAAUUGAAAAAAGAUACCAAAGAACCUUCAGAUUCCCAAUUGAAAGCUACAUCUAAGUGGGAACCCCGGAAAAAAUGUAAAACUAAUAUUUUUACCAAGCAGAAAGUAAUGGGAAAUUUGAAAUCGAGAACUAGCGUGGAAAAUGUAGCUGAUGAAGAUUCAAAAGAUUUGUUAGGGUUGGAUGAGACUUCAUUUGUGAAUCGGUUAUUUGCAACAUCAGUGUCACAGAAGCAAAAUCAAAAUGCAAAGUUAAAGAAGAAGUACAAAAAGCAAAUUUGUACUAGUGGCUUGGAUGUUUGCAAUGGAAUACGCAGUAGAAGUGCUCCAUACUUAACGAGGUCAGAUUCACCUGUGAGAGUUUUAAGGAAUGGUAAGAAGAGAAAACUGAAAGAUCCAGGCAUGUUUGAAGGACUUGACAGCAUUGAACCUACUAAGAAAAGACGACGUGUUGCAAGUGUAACCAAAGAAGGUACUGCCGAAAGUGACUCUGGUACUCAAAAUACUUUAGGUGCACGAGUAGAGUGUGUUAGUGUUAUUCUUAAUCCUGAGUCUGUUGGUGAUGAUGAACUGACUAGUCUUCAGAAUGCGCAAAGAAGUAUCUGCAAGGAUGAGAGUAAUGAUGCGUGUGCACAGAAUACAAAACUUUGUGAAUUACAGUGUGAUAAUGAGCGUGCGAAAAAUACGAAAGUAAAUGGGCAGUGUAUUAGUGAGUCUUGCACCCAAGAAAUAAAUGAAAAUAAAGUAACUCAAAGUACUUCAUCAUUUGAUGUGCCGAUUACAAACUGUAGUGUUGAAGAUAUUACUGCAAUAACUACCGGUACUGUCAGUUCUCACAGUACUGAAGUGAAGAAAGUUGACAGUUGUGGUGAGUAUAAUCUUGGUAAGACAAUUUCAAAUAGAAUUGCAGAGUUGAUUAAACGUAGCAAAAUUGGUGAAACGAGAAGGAGCAGUGGAAGUGAUGACGAAGGCAUCAUCAUGAAACAGGACCCACAGAUUUGCGAUGAUGUUGGAUUGUGCGAUGAAUUACAGAAACAAAAUGAUAGUCACUCUAACCUGUGUGAAUCGGGUGAUAAUGCUAAGACAGGUGGGAUUGGUGUUAGUGUAUCAUUUUGUAAAGAUAAAGUGACCUCAAAUUCGAACAUUGGUGCUGUGAUUAGCGAGAUAAGCUGUGGUUCAGGCCAGAGCUUAGAUUCUGCAGACAGCAGCAAUAUUCCUGAUGUUAGCAGUCUGUUGGAGUUAAAUUUCUCAGAAGUGAGAGCAGCAAUUUCCAAGAAAAUACAAAAUUGUGCAAAAGAAAGCUCCUCUGGUGAUUUAACAUUCAAAGACAGAGUAAGUGUUAAAGAUGUAAUAUCUAAUAAUGCUGAUAAUGAACCCUUGAUCCAUAGUAAAAAACCAGAGGUCACUAUUUCUUUGGAACUUACCGGUCCAAAAUCUAGUUCUUCUGAAAAACGUGAAAGUCCAGAUUGUAAUGAGAAAUCUUCUGUGAUAUUAGGUCAAACUUUUCAACAAGGCCUGGGAAAAAGUUGUAAACGUAUGUUAGAAAAAGUGGGAGAAAACUCAAGUGGUGGUCUUAAAAAGGCAAAAAUGCAGAAUAAGCCAAUUCGUACCUUUAAGAAAUUUCAAGCAUCGCAUCAUAGAAAAUGUUAUGCUGGACCAGGCAAAAAGACUGGCAUUACAAAAAUGUUCUCACUUAAUAAAACUUCAGUUUCUGUUGGUGAGUCGGCUGCUACUUCUUCGGGCCCAGAAGUGUCGUGUAAAUCUGGCAUCAAUGAAAAUCUCAAACAGCAAACCCAGAUAGAUGCAAAAAACACUUUAAAAAAGUGCCCAUGUCCAGAUAAUUGUAACAAUCAUUUAAAUUACAGCUGCAAUGUGCUGACGAGUAAUGGGAUAAAUGGGAAAAUUUUGCAUGAAAAUGAAACUUUGCAGACUGAGAGAAUUGAAAUGCUCAAAAUGAUGGAUGUUUUUGAAUUUCGAGACGAGUCUGAAGAGGUUAGCAACCAGGGAAAGUUGCUGAAUCCUACAAUAUUGGUCGGCUGUGGCGAUACUGAGAUUAGUGAACCUGAUACAAGAAUGGCUCAGAGAUCAUUCUCUGGCAAAGAUGGAAAAUGUACGAUAGCUACGAGCAUGGAUUCAGGUGUUGAUUCUGCUGUCGUAGACCUUCCCACUGCAGCUAGGAAUGAUGCAAGCGAAAGGUCUUCAGAAGGUUUUGGAGUGAAGAGUGAAGGGAGUUAUGUAUCAGCAGCUGAUUUUGCACCCAAUUCAAGUAUUUGUGUGGAAAAUCUAAAGGCAAACACUCCAGAUCCAUUGAUAGCAGAUACUCUCAAUGAACUGGUGAUGCUUGCAUCCGAACCAAUCUCCACAACUUUAAGUGGUUGUAAGAAAAACGACAACAAUCUGGCUGAUGAAGUGUGUGAACAAAAUCCUUGUGGAAAAACAGCUAAGGGAGAGAAACAUUUACCAAAAGUAACUGCUAGUGAAGGUAGUCUGCAGACUGGAAACUGUAAGGUGGACAUAGUAUCAACUAAUAAAAAUAUUGAUGAAAUUACUUUACCUGUGGAUGGUGCAACACAGAAAGUUAAAGAAAUUAACCCAUCAUCUGGAUGUUCAACUGAAAACGACAUUAGUCGUUUGGAAUCUUUAUGCUCGAAUUGCUCAAGUGCAGAGAAUAAGGCUGAUGUGAAUAAUGUGUGUGUUGACAAGGUUGAGUUGGUAAACCACCUUUGUACCAAUAAUUUUUCUGAACUAUUCAAACCUAAAAUUCUCGAUACAAAGGAAAAUAAGGAAUUUGAUUGUUCAGUUUUUUCAGAGGGAAAAGAUAACAAGUGUGGACUUGCCAUAGUUACGAAAUGUGAGUGGCCAGGAGAGAAAAUAUUAGGUACUUCUGUAGAUAAUCCAAUUUCUAAUGUACCAAAUGCUCGAACCUUGUGUAAGGAAUCUGAAGUUGUAGUUACAGAUGUGCUGAAUGAUGUUUUGACAAGGGUAAAGAACUGGGUGGAAGGUGUUUUGGAUGAAACAUCACAAUUGCAGGGUGAUGUGGGAGGAAAUGUUACAGUGAACAGCCAAGUGAAAAAAAUGCACAUUACUGAAAAUGAGCCAGUAGAAUCUAUUCAAAUUGACCUCAAACCGGAGGACUGUCUUAAAAGUGAACAAGAAAGAAGUUUAUUCUGUGAAAAUAAACAGAAUGUAAAAUCUCGUACUAGAGACACAAUGACAGGAACAGAUUUGGAAAAUGAGUUGAAGGAAGAAUCCAUCUCAUCUUGUGGUACUGGAAGUAGUUUCAAAACAGCACAGAAGUUAAAGGAUGAAGCUGAAAGACUAUCACUGGUAGAAGAAACCAAAGUGUCCACAGCGGAUGAAACACACUUAAUUACAGUAACACAUCAACCGGGAAGUGACCGAGGUUUGGGAGUGGUACCCGAGUCGGGAAGCCAGGCGGAAGGGAUUGCGUAUCUGGCAGAAGGGCUGCAGAAAAUACUGUCCAUGAAAAGUAGUUCAGGUGAAAUGGAAGUAGAGGAGGAAAAGGAGGCGGAAGAGGUAGCCGAACUAGGAAAAUGCGAAGAUUGUUGCAGUACCAAACCUCAGCGGGUCGAACCACGCGCGGCAGAAUCCGGGGAGUCGACGAGCGUAGUUUCCGCAAGGAUCGGCCACGUGGCCGCAGCGCAGGAAAAAAGUUGUUCGGAGGAAGACGGCCGGAAACGUGUGGAGACCGAGGAAGGAGUCAGUGUUCAGUCAGACUCCGCGAGUUUGGAGAAUCGUCAGGAAAAUUCAGCAGAGUGCACAGUGAUGGAAGAAUCGAAUGAGGCGAAGGACCACGACUCAACUUCAGAGCAGUUUGUUGGUGGCGAACCGACGACCGGCAAGGAGGUGUACGGCCACCGGGAGCCGGCCGAGGACGAGAGUCCCGAGGCGCUGGCGGUGAAGGAGUCGAUCCUGAGCGCGCUGGGCCUGCAGUCCCUCCGUGCCGCCGCAGCAGCAGCAGCAGCAGCAGCCGCCGCCGCCGCCAGCGAGGGCUCGGAGAAGCCAGGCUACACCGGCACGCUCAAGACCGUCAUCAAGGUGAGCCGGUCGCCCGACAAGAAGAACGCCCGUGUGCAGGUGCGUGCCAAGAAGAUCCGGGGAGCCGACAAUCCCGGCAGCAGCACGGACGAUGCACUGGAUGAGCGUGAGGCCGUCGAGCUGGACGGAGUUGAACGAAUCAAGUACAGUAUUUAUUCAGAGAGCAAUUCUUCAGACGUGAAUAAGACAUCAUUAAGCCCUGAGCAGGGAGUCAGAAAAUCUGUCAAAUUGAGCUGUACCCAACGGUUUCAGAAUGAUGAUGGUACUCAAGUGCUUGGAGAAAAGGAUUCUACAGUCACAAAUCAAGAUGAUGAUGGGAAGUCAAGUGGGAAGCAAGAUAGUAAUCUCAUCAUUCCUGAAAAGAGUUCCUCCUUCUCCAUCCAUCCUCAGCGACUGUGUUCCGACGUCUGCAGCUACUGUUUCGGGAAGUUUGGCUCUUUGGACACCCCUUGUCACGUUGCUCAGCUCAAAAGUCUGGAAAGGCAGCGAAAUAUUUUAAGAAUUGAAACCCACCUCACGGCAGAAUCUUGCCUGUGCGAUGCGUGCUAUCGCCAUGUGGAUCGGAAAGCAAACUGCCCCUCGUACAAACCAAACCGUAAGCGCCAGCACCGUUCAGACGACUCCCACCCAAAGUCUUUGUGCUGUGUGCAAGAAUGUUCCCUCCCUGCGUACCACACCGUUAGAAGGAAAUGGCUUCUCAAACUGAAGCGAAGCAUAGCCAAAAAGGUGCCCAUCGACAUGGAGAAAGCGCCCCAGCACUUACCGUUUCCCUUGUGCUCGCAGCACUACUACUGGGUGGACUUCUUCAUGGUUUGUGGGGUCUGCAAGCGGAAGUUGACCCGCAACCACAUGUACCCGCUUGGGUCGGAGGUCACAGACCUCAACAAGUAUCUCAUAGGUGACGGCAUACCGGUCCACCUCACCGACAAGAUAUUUCUGUGCAAACUGUGCCGGUACUUCUGCACGCUCAGGCUGAAACAUAAAGACCCUUCGCAGCUGACAGGAAACCACAAGAUGUUUUUUGAUAGCUACAGAAAAAGAAUCCUUCACUACAAUGACAUUGAAGUUAUGGAUAGCAAUGAGGUAGCUCAACCUAUCAUAAUGCCUCCUAAAAGUAAGCGACGAAAAACUAAAGACAAGGAGGCAAGCACAGAGACUGAAAGUGUAGGAAAAGCCAAGAACAAAAGUGAUGUGAUGCAGCCAACUGCAGCUGCCAGUGGUUCAGUUAGCAUAACGUCCGAGCAGCAGCGAAGUGAGCCACAGGUGGAGUUCAUCUGUCUGGGUAACGCAGGUAGUGACACAAACAGGUCUGGGGCUAGCACGCCCUCGGUAGACUACAGCACCCUGGACACCAGUGCAGGUACAACCACCAUCAACAUUGUGUCGUACGAUACCGACACCGGAGGAAAGACGGCCAAGCACCGAGCAGGUCAGAGCUCCGGGCAUUCCGUUCUCAAACGACCUUUCUACCCUGGCUCCGAAGAACUGCCUUUACAUGCCAACUUCGACUUCCACAGCAAACUGCAAGACGAGAGGCUCUCGAAGCCCGGAGAGUGGGAUAAGUGCACGGCGACCAUACAGUUCGAUAAACAGACCAAAAAGUUGUUUCAGCAACUUCAGCGUCCAUACGGCAACCAUUCAAGUUUCUUCAGACACCUCAUCCUCCUGGAAAAUUACUGGCGGUCGGGAGACCUCGCCCUCACGCCCAACGCCAGCCAAAGAGCCGUCAGCUACGUGACCAGCGUCAAUAACAGGAUCAGUGCUUUCGAAGGUCAUUCGUCGCCUUUGUUUCCCGUUCCUCCCGCCACGGCUGUCAUCUCGUCUGCCCCCAGCCUCCCGGUGAUAGACUUGCCUCUGCGUCGCCCUGCCGGGUCCGGGGCCUCGCCGGUCGUGGUGGCAUCGCAGGGCAUGACCGUCAUGGCCGUGCCCGCGUCGAGCGCUGCCAGCGUCUCCUGCACGCCCGUGUUCUCCUCCAUACCGCUUGUGUCUGCUCCUUCACCCUCGCCCGUGUUCACCUCGCCGGGGAACUUCCUGCAGGGCAGGCGGGUCCCCAACGUGCUGCAGGUGACGGCGGGGGGCAAGUCCUUCUCCAUCGUCCCCAACAUGAUGCAGAUCAAGCAGCUCCAGGCCCUGCACCACAAGCAGCAGCUGGAGAAGCAGCGGCAGGAGUGCCAGGUGUCGGGCUUCGUGCCGCUCAUCACCGACGUGCGAUCCCUCCCGACGGAGGCCUGGGAACAGAAGGCCCACGCCUCGACGCAGAGUCGGCAGUCCAAGGUGUCCGUGACCAUCUUGCCCAAGCCCGCGCCGAAAGUUGCGAUCCCGGCGCUGCGGCCAGGGGUGAAGCCUUCCACCGUCGUGACCCCUACCGGAAUAAUUUUGUCGAAAACCCCCGAGUUGAGCGUCAUUGCAGUGCCGAUGGAAGCGAAUGUACCUGUGUUGUCCUCUGUGAGAAGCGACACCCCUGGCAGUUGAGAGUGCACGAUCUUCGCCGUUGGUAUCCGGUGGCCUGGUAUUUAAUAUUGUUAUUGUAUUUGAUUACUUGUUUGGACAUUGUUUGAACCGUAAACACAGAUAUUUAUUAAUUGUCACAUGUAUAAGAAUAUUUUGCAGGUAACGGUGCAUAAACCAUUUAAUGUGUUUGAUGCCUUAUUAAAACACUGACUUGUACAUAACUCUUAUCUCGCUCCACUUGUUGUAAAUGUAUGCGGAAAUGUUUUGUAUUUUCCGACGAGCUAUUUUUGGUACCACAUUGUUAAAGCUUUCUUGCGCAUGUUAUGUAAAGCUGUCUGCAAAUAAUGAAAUGAAGUGAAGGUGUGGUUCACAUUUGACCUCAAGUAUGUCUGUGAUAAAGUGUCUGCAUUAUAUGUGAUGUUUUCAUGGUGCCAGUAAAUGCCUUGCUACUUUAUGCAGAGUAUUUUUGGCUGAAAUGCUUGAGACAUGUUCACAGUAUGCUCGUAUGGUAAUUUUUGUUAUAAUUUGAAGCAGAUUUAUAAUUGGAGAGUAGUCAGUGCCACAAGCAACAGCUGUUUGGCCUACUGUAAAUUAAUUAGACUGUGCUUUGUCGCGUCAACGUGAGGCGGGGACCAGGAACAUCACACGCACGUUCCUACUUCGCACAGUCUCACCAGGACUGUUGUGUUCACUUAAGUCCCGGAAGAAUAUGGAUUUCCUGAAGUCUGGUUUGUGCAUUGGCUUAAAUUUGACUCUAAACACGUAGAAAUAAAUUUCAUGUUAGUGUUGGGGUGACGUGUAAAACGUUGCAUCAAUCUUAUGUAGUCAUUGUACGUAAUUUAGCGAGUACCUGAUGAGUUUCGACAUGUGUAGCAUCACGGUAGAUGCCUAUUAUAGAUUAUAUGCACGCGAGGGGUUGUUAGUUCAUGUAGAUGCCAGCAUGUUAUGUUUUUUUUUUUCUUCUUUCAGUUAAUAAUUUGCUAUAAUCAGCAGAAGUGUUGUCAUCAUUGUGUUCAUAAUAAAUCAGCAGUAUUUACUUCAUACUUCGUUGCAAAAUAUCUUUACUAUUUAUUUUAGUUACUAUUUAUUAGUCAACAUUACUAAAAACCUUGAUUUUUAUUCAAUCAUAAAAUGUAUUCAAUAGUAAUUUCUAAGAUCAUAUUAAUUUUAUCUUGGCCAGUACAAAACUUAAUUAUAAAAAUAAAAUUACCUUGACAAUACUUGAGACAAAAUUAAAUACAAGUUUUCUAAUGAAGGUUGGUUUCCUAGCAUGUUUCCUUUGUUGCAACAGUGUGUAAAUACUAUUGAUGUCAUGUUUGGUUUAGUCUGGAGUUUUAUGUUGUGUAUAAUUUUGUAGUUAGUCAUCUGAACAUGUGUAAAUGCAGGUCUUUUGGGUCAUGUGCAUAAUAGGAACCUAGUGGCCAUUAUGCUUUAUACAAAUGUGAAACCAGAGUAAAUAGCGGUCUGCUGAUAUCAACAGCCAGUUAGAUAUAUCAUGUUUGGAUUUAGUAUUAAUGGUUGCUAGACUCUGACUGCUUACAGACCAUUGUCUUUUUUUUUUAAUUAUGUUAUUUAUUCAGGCAAGUUUUUGUAGUUGUAAAGCUUGCUGGUAUCCUAGUGCAAGUUUAUUUAUGCUUAGUACUCAUUCUACUCAUUUUACCUUUGCAUGAGUCCUGUUUCCCGUAGUUUUUUUGUACAGUUAAGUUCAUCAUAAAAACAAAUUGAUAUUUAUUCAUGGCAUGGUCCCAUUUAGUAAUUGGGUUUUACUUAUGAUGCAUGGAAGUUUUUUUGUUCCUUAUGUGAAUAUCUCUUAUAUAGCCAGUUUGUCAUAAUUUUUUAACUCUUUCUUAUCUUGUAAUUGUUAUGGUAUUUACUCCACACAUUAUUACAAGUACACCUCAAGUUAUCCUCCAGCAAAAUUAAUCUUCCUUAUUAAAGUUGCCUUUGGCCGAAGCCUUUUGUGCUGAGGAGUUUGUACUGCAAUUUGUUAAAUUCACUUUGGAACAAGUUACCAAGGAGCUUAUCUAAAUAUAAUUCUGGGUAUCAAAGAAUAAAUUUUUUUAAUAACUAUGCAUGGUGUUAAAUAGUUAUAAGCUGUUUUUCUUAAUUAUUAUUUUAUUCAUAGUGAAAUGUUUAUAUUUAAAAUAAAAGUUUUUCACGAAAAAUAAUUUAUUUCUUUAAUUCCUUGCAUGAACUUGUUUUCAGCCAGGAGAGGGAUUGUGGAUAGUUCGAAGCUUAAAAAAAUAAAAACUGCAGAAAUUUUGAAAAGAAGUGCACGUAAAUAAGUCUUUUACGCGUAUCUAAAGAAAAUACCUCAAGGCCAAUCUAUUUUUGGGCACACACAUGGUGUACAGAUCUUCAGAAUUAACAAUAUGAAAACGACUCAAGAUAUCCGAGGGGUGUCUUCACAAAAAGCUUUCAAGAAUACUCUGAGGGCGUAUGAAUAGUUCAUUUUCCAUACUUCAUUUUUAAACUGUAUUUUUAGAAGAGUAAAAAUGGCCAAAACUUUUUUUUUACCAGAUUAAUAAACACCCGGUACAGAUUCUUGAAAGCACUCAAGCGACUUGAUUUACACCUUUAUAUUCAUUUCUCUGACAUAAAUUACGUGAUAGUAGUUACGUAAACACCACUAGUAACUACACCAUUAUGUAUAUUCACUGGAGGAAGGGUCUGAUGUGGGCCACAUUCACCAAGGACUCUGUUUGGGGCAAGGAGUUCAUUCUGCUUCCUUCACAGCCUGACACUGUGUACAGCACCGGUCCUAAGUGACGGCUAAACACGAAACAUGAAAAUCUUGUGCAGCUGGGUUUAUAUUCCAUCUAUUCACAUUUCUGCAUAACUGUAGUGUGGGUCUUAAAAAUAUCUAAAGGCUUUUUAUUUUCAAUUAUAUAAGUACAAAAAAUAUGUAGAUUAAAAUUAAAAUAUUAAAAAUCAAAUAUAAAAAAGUAUAAAUUAUAUUUUUAAUUAAAGUUAACAGCUGAAGCAAAGAACAAAGACCAAGUGGGAUGUAUUUUAAAAAUCUUAAUCUCACAUUUUAAUCAUUAAUUGAAAAACAGUAUGUAUAACUAAAACUACACGGCUAAUUAGCUGUAAUGCUGUUUAUUCAUGGUGUCUACCUACUGGACACAGAAGUCACAAAAAAGAAGCAACGAAACUGGAAGGUAAUGGUGUUGGAAGACAAGAGAAUUUGAUGUCCAGUAGCCUUUUGCCUACUUGCAUUUAGUUUCUUGAUGCCUCACUUCAGUUUAUAUAUAAUCCUUUGUUAUAAAAAAAAUAAUUUUGUAUAAAAUUUUUUAUUAAAAGGUCCUAAAAACAUCUUUAAAAUGGUCCUUGAUAUAUUUUUAGACUUCCUGUAGUUGAUGGGGUUUGAUUGUGAUUUAGUAACAAAGGAUUCAUUAUACCAAGCUGUGUAUGGUGAUGUUUUCCAGUAUUUAUUGCCCAUAAGUUGUUUUAUGGUAUGAAGUUAUUUUUGCUUGAACAAUAAACAUAAUACUAAAAAAUAAAUAUUUGGUCAAGUACUAUGAGUUUGAGAAAGACAUGAAAUAAGUAUGGUUUUUGUAGCAAGUUAAAUCUUAUCUUACGUAACCUAAAGUGAUAUGUGUUAUCUCUUAGCUGUUAAUUAAUGUUUUGUUAAUGAUAAAAAGUUUUGUUGAAAUGACUACAGUAGCUCUUAUUUUACAAGAACUAUAUCAAGAGACAAUAUGUCUAGAAACAAAAAAUUUCAUACUUGUAUACUUGAUUAAAAUAAUAAGAAUUGGGCAUAAAAUAAAUAAGUUAAAAUUCUUCAAUUACAGAUUAAAUUUUUCAUGAAGUAUUAUAAUAUAAUACAUAUUAUGUACGAAUAAUAAAUCCCAAGGAAAAUGAUGAAAAUUUUGAUCAUUACGUAGAGGUUGGUAUCUUGCAAUACUGUCUCAAACCAGGAGUGGCCUACCUUUAUAUAGUAAGUGCCAAUUACAAAAAAAAAAUUAAUUAAGCUGGCCAAUUUAUAUUUUUUUGUGGUUAUUUUGUAUUAGAGAAUAUCCCCUUUUUUCGUUAGAUUCAAUGCCAUAUUGCCAUUUUUAUUUGUGCUGAACAUAAGAAGAAACAACUAGACAUUAUGUUGGUGAAAUGAAAUUGCAGCUCUUAACUAUUGCAACUGAACAGUAUAAUUUAAAGAAUGUAAUUUGGCAAGAAUGUGGUUAUUCGUCAGUAGAGUAGUGAUGACCUGUGGCUGUGGACGGGCCACAGCCCAAGCGUUGGUGGACCAAAACUAGUCCACAGACCAAGGGCUGGUCAUCGCUAACAUUUUAAAAGAAUGGCAGCUUAAUAGAGAGCUGUCUCUUUAAGACUCUAAUCUGUGCAUGACUCCCUCACUAAUGUAAAUACCCAUUUUAAGAAAGGCUUGCAACCCACGGGUGUACCAUGAAAUUUAAACUUUUGAAUGUUGGCUACAUGGUACUACAAGUAAAUUGUAAGAAUAUGUGAAUAUAUACACACAAACACACACACACACAUAUAUAUAUAUAGCAUGCACACUGAGUCUGAAUUGCACCCACAAACACUUCGACUGCAGGUUCAUUAUGGCAAAAUAAGUUAGUUGAAAGCAUAUACGCGACUUAUGGUUUAAAGUGUUAAAGUGCUUCCCAGGGCUGCUGAUAUUAUGAAAUACAUCAUCUGGAUUAUGUUGAUUUCAGUGAAGUUAUACAACCACUUUUAUUUUGUAGCCAUAGCAAAAAAAAAAAAAUAUUGAAAUAAUUGGGAGUAGUGACACCUUUAUUGUCCACAUAAUGGAAUUGUUUCGGUAUUCACAACAUUCUGGUUUAAUAUUAGAAAUGACACAACAGCAAGUAAAAUUUAAGAUGAUACUAUUAAAUAUUCAAAUAAAACAAAAUCUAGGAUUCGUGUACAUUUUAGUGUGUGUUGGUUGUAAGAGCUAUGUAAAACUUACCAUUUGUUGAGACGCAUGAGUUUUUGAAUUUUUCGUUAAGUGCAUUGCCUUUUGUAAAUUUUAUUGAUCAUGUGGACCUCACGAUUACAGUAAUUAAAAAUAAUCGAGGAUGAUGGUUCUGUUAAUAAAAGAAAUAAGUUUUGUAGGAGAUGUAUUUUUAAUUUAUGUUUAGUUUCAUUUUCUUAGUGUGUGUCAUUGGGAAACCACAUCAUGUUUUUGUUUGAUUUGACUUCAUUCUAAGAUAUUUUAACAAUAUGUCAUUUUUGAAGAAAUUGAAGUUUGUAUCUUUUCAUUUUGAACCACAGUUGGUGGCGUAAUGUAAUGUUGGUGCUAAUGUGUUAUUGCAAAUGUCAGGUCAGCUUGAAGUUCUUCAUAGCAUUGCUAGAACAUUUUAUUGUUGGCAUACUUGAGGUAAAUGGUUGUUAACAUUAUUUGUUGAGUCAGGUGAUAUAAAAUUGUGUAAUGUAUGAAAAGCAAUAGUUUCGCAAUGGUCUGAAAAAUUAAGCGUAAGUUGUUUGUGUGUUUUGGUAAAAGCAGUACGUCAUGUUAGUAAUCAGAAAAUUAUUAUGAUCAUCUGUUCAUCUUGCUGAUUUUUAUGAUAUGUUGUAAAUUUAAGUGAACGACCGGUUUCACUGUCUUUUAACAUAAGGUUCCUGUAUCAAUAUUUUUAAUUCACAUAUUUAUUCCAUGUGUGUUUGAAUGUGUGUGGAAAGAAUACUUUUUAGUUUCAAAGCAUCAUAAACCAUGUCGAUCUGAAUCAUUUUAGUAAUAUUAAAAUGUUCGUCCAUUUAGUUUAAUGUUUUUCCAGUAAGCUGAAGCUUACCUGUAAUUGAAGAAAGAUUGCAAAUAGUUCACGGUUUUUCAUUGGCAAACUUGUAUCUAACAAAAAUGGGGAAGGAUAGAAGUAUCUAUGGUAGUGGAAUGAUCUGCAAAAUUGUGUUUGUGUGUAAAUAUUGUCUUAAGUAUAUUCUUUGUUUAUGUAAAUGGUUCCAAUGAGAUAUCUAAAAAAAAAAAAAAUUGUUACACCAAUCAGUAUAUUAUAAAUAUGUAUUUUAAUUGCCCUUAUGCUAAACAGCCACCAUAUAGUGCCUGCCAGACAAUUGACUUAGCUUGGACCAACACUAGAACAAUUUUUACAUUACUGGAUAGCUUUUCGUAUAAUUUACUGUGGAAACAAAUUUAUUUGAUUUCAAAAGUAAAAGUUGUUUUAGUAAAAGUUGGUGUUAAAUUGCAAUUUUUUUAUUAAUUUUUAAAAAAAUAGAUAACCAUUAAAAUAUUUUGUGUUAUGUCACUUAUAAAAGAAAAUUUCUGCACAAACAUUACAAUUAUUAAUGUAAAUUUGUACAUAAAAAUGAAAUCUGUUUCAAAACUUUCGAGGGAAACAAAUGCAGUAGUAGGUAUCAUUUAAGUUUCAUAUGUUGUAUUACUAUAUUUUAAUAUUGUUUUGUUUAAUGUGAUUAUUGUUCAAUCUUGAAUGCACAACGUUAUAAUUGUUGGUGUAAUUAAUACCUUUUUAUUAGUGCUGGUAUAGUGUCAUUUAGCUGCUGAUAUCAGUUAUAAUAUCAAUAUAUAUGAAGAAGAAAAUAUUGUUUGAUUCUGAAUACCAUAAUGAAGUGAAUUUUGCCAGUUAAUUUUUUAUAUUCUUGGAGACAAAUAAGAUACCCAACUUCGUAAAAAAAAAUUACUGCUUAUUUUGCCUUGGUAAAAAUUGCAUAAUGUAUUUAUUAUUUGUGUUGAGAAGUCCAGUUGUAAAUGAAUUUGAAAGACAAUUGUAGGCUUCGAAGGUGCUUAAAGUAAGUUCUGCAAUUCAAAAUAAAAAGUUAUGAUUACAAAA